GCUCCUGGCAAGGCUUGAGGAAGAAGGGCGAAGAAGAGUGGUGUGAGGUGACCCGCGCGUGCGCAGUGGCGUCCCCGCCCGGUGCUGCCCGAGGAGUUGAAGGCUGACGGCCGUGCCGGCCUGUCGCGUCGCGGACCCCGGGAGGCCUGGGCUGAUUACCAACUUCUCAUGUCUUCACAAUGAGACAAGCUUGGGGUUAUUUCUUCCCUAUACCUUGUAGUUGAUAGUUUUAGAUGCCGAGACAAUGCUGGCAUAGAUAUGGCAGAUAGUGUCAAGAUCUUCCUUAAUGAUCUUAUCAGGGGAAUUAAAGAUUCCAUAUGGGGGAUCUGUACAAUCUCCAAGCUGGAUGCUCGGAUCCAGCAAAAAAGGGAAGAGCAGCGGAAGAGAAGAGCAACUAGUGUGCUUGCCCAGCGAAGAGCACAAAGCGAAGAGAGGAAGCAAGAGAAUGAACCCCGGAUAGUAAGCCGAAUACUUCAGUGUUGUGCAUGGAAUGGAGGUGUAUUUUGGCUUAGCCUCCUCUUGUUCUAUCGGGUUUUCAUACCUCUGCUUCAGUCAGCAACAGCACAUGUAAUUGGUGAUCCGUCAUUGCAUGGUGAUGUCUGGUCUUGGCUGGAAUUUAUCCUGACCUCCAUCUUCAGUGCCCUUUGGGUCCUCCCACUCUUUGUGCUCAGUAAAGUGGUCAAUGCCAUUUGGUUUCAGGACAUUGCUGAUCUGGCAUUUGAGGUGUCAGGAAGGAAGGCGCAGCCCUUUCCCAGUGUCAGUAAAAUCAUUGCCGACAUGUUGUUUAACCUCUUACUGCAAGCUCUCUUUCUCAUCCAGGGGAUGAUUGUCAGCCUGUUUCCUAUUGAUAUCAUUGGGCAGUUAAUUAGCCUGCUUCAUAUGUCCCUGCUCUACUCAUUAUAUUGCUUUGAAUACCGUUGGUUUAAUAAAGGCAUUGAAAUGCAUCAACGAUUAUCCAACAUUGAAAGGAACUGGCCUUAUUACUUUGGAUUUGGGUUACCACUGGCCUUUCUCACUGCAAUGCAGUCUUCUUACAUUAUCAGUGGCUGCUUGUUCUCCAUUCUUUUUCCUCUAUUUAUUAUCAGCGCCAAUGAAUCGAAGACACCAGGAAGAGCAUACCAUUUCCAACUGCGCCUCUUUUCCUUGGUCGUCUUCCUUAGCAACAAGCUAUUCCACAAGACGGUUUAUUUUCAGUCCAGCCUGAGCACCUCUUCGUCUGCUGAUCGACUGCCCUCGCCACGCUCCUCGCCUGCUAGACUGGCACACUGAGCCAAGGCAGGGAGGGAGGAAGGAGGAGAACCCUUCAGACAACACGUGCUUCUGUGAUUGUGAGGAGGGCGGGCGGGAGGCUUGUGCAAUUCCCCUUGUGAUCUCUCUUUUAAGCCCGUCGGAGGUUGGUUAACAAAAUACAUCUGGCGGGCGGGCGAGUGGGUGGGAAGAACCUGGAUUUUUAACACUUUUGUGAGUUUAUUUCGGAUGCCAGGUUCUCCUUGGCUUGUUUUUAUAGUGUGUAAUGGGCCUGUUUCUGUGCACUUUUUUGUACAUUUCCUUACCUUCCCCCCCCCCCAUUUCCCCCCCGGGAUGAAUGGUUUUUGUAAUGCAUAUUGUCGUAGCUUUCUGAUGCUGAUGGGGUCUUUACCACAAGUGUUGGAUUUUUCUCAAUGAUCGUAGUUCUUUAUAUGGUUACCUCAGGUCAGGAUUUUGUAAUCCCCCCCCCCUCCCGGUUGUGUGCUGAAAUGAAAAGUGGAUCAUGUAACACUUGCAUAAGGUUAAGAUGUUGGGUGGGAGGGCUCUUCCUCUUCCUGGCAUCUGGUGGCCUCUCUUAACUUUAUUUGGUUUUUACUUUGAAGGGAUCAGCGUUUAAUGGAUGCAACAAAUUCCUAAUCUUAAGGACAGAUUGUAUCGUUUUGGUUUUUUUUUUACUUAUGUCCUUGGAGCUUUUGAAAAGCACCUUCUGAACUCUGAAAGGGAAAUUUGAAAAGUGUACGGGUAAAGUCAGGCACUAAGCGAAAACGUGUUAAUUCUUGUGUCUGGGGUUGUAAAGUUGGCAAUAUACUGUUAAAAUCUUGCAAGAAAUAAUGCUUCUAAGGAACAUAUUUAUGGAUCCUGGGGAUGGAUUUUGUUUGGGGGUGGUGGUGGUGAGGGACAUGUACACAAGGGAGAUUCCGAAAGAUAUCUAUGGAGAAAUAGGUGUUGUUGUUUUCCACAGGGCUUCUGCACAAGGCUACAUACAGGCCAUCGGUGCUAAGCCCAGUAUGCAGAGCAGAGAAUUUGGUGAUGUCAGUUUUAAGGCCUCCGACUCAAAUGCUGUUAGGAAGCCUGACUUGGAAUAAUUGUCCCAGCUGAGUGAGAAUGAUAUACACCAAAGUGCUCCUGUGUGAUUGUAAUUGCGAUUGAAAUUAAGGACUCCUCAGCUCAGGAUAUGUGAUCUUCAUAUGUAUUCAUCUGUCCGUGUGUCUACAUAUGUAAUUGUGUAUGCACAACGAAGUAUAAUGUGGUCCUGCUCUUAGGCAGUAUUCUUUAUGCAUGUCAGUUUCUGUAUGGCUAAACAUUAUAAGAUUUUUUUUCUAAAAAAAAAAAAAGCCCUCUGGUUUUUGUAGAACUGAAGUCAGUCUACAGAUAAAUGUUUUCUCUUGUAUUUUCACACUGAACCAUUAAAUGAAAAUGGGAUUAAAAA